UGCUGAUAGUUCCUGUUGCAAGGCUGUAUAGCUUCUCUGGGCUGGGCGGUUUCUAAUCUGAAGGCUUCCAUACUGCCUUUUCUGGAUGUCCAAACACAAACUCUUCCUGCUCCGGCAUGGGGAGGGGUCCUGGAACAAGGAGAACCGCUUCUGCAGCUGGGUUGACCAGAAACUGAGCGAGAACGGGGUGGUGGAAGCCCAAGAAUGCGGCAGGCUCCUGAAAAAGCACGGGUAUCGAUUCGACCAGGUUUUUACCUCCUUACUGAGCCGUUCCAUCCAGACAGCCUGGUUGGUGCUGGAGGCCAUGGGAGAAGAGUGGGUCCCAGUCACAAAAUCCUGGAGGUUAAACGAACGGCAUUACGGUGCCCUGAUCGGCCUCAAUCGGGCCGAGAUGGCGCUGAAACAUGGCGAGGAACGGGUUAAACUGUGGAGGCGUAGCUAUGAUAUCACGCCGCCCCCCAUUCAUGAGUCACAUCCCUAUUACGCUGAAAUUUACAAUGACCGCCGAUAUAGUACGUGUGACGUUCCGAAAGAGGAACUGCCCACAGCGGAAAGUCUGAAGGAAGUGCUGGACAGACUUCUUCCUUACUGGAAUGAUGUCAUUGUACCUGUGAUCAAGAGUGGCCAAACGAUCCUCAUCUCUGGACACGGCAACAGCUGCAGGGCUUUGCUUAAACAUUUGGAAGAUAUAUCGGAAACAGACAUUGUCAAUGUAACGCUGCCCACGGGAGUUCCCGUCUUACUGGAGAUGGAUGAAAAUCUCCGACCGGUCAAGCCACGCCAGCUCCUGGGCGACCAGGCCAAAAUUCAGGCGGCCAUCAAAAAGGUGGAGGAUCAAGGGAAGGUUAUUGCAGAAAAUAAAUAAGGGUUUUCUUGAGGAAAAUGUCAGAAUCUUCAGAUAGGAAUUGUUCACACCGAAAGAUCAUUAGUCGUUCAGUAUGUCCUGAAGCACUGUCCGAGGUAGGCGUUCUGUUUAGAGUGGUACUUUAAGAGUCUAGAAGAGAUAUAUGUCAAUAUUUUGAAUUCAGGCAAUGGUUACUUAUCCCAAAUGCAGACUUGCUGCAUAUAUUUUGUCACAGCAGGAGAUCUGUAGACCAAAUAAUGAAGUAGAUACUGAUAUAACAUUAUUUUUUAAAUGAUCAUUUAAUGUGGUGUUAUUUUUUGUUAACUCUUGUAUUUGAGCCUGUUAUUUUUAUCAAUGGAUUUUAGGCCACAGAAAACCAGUGCCUUCCUUUGGGUAAAAAUAGCAUCCAUUAGUUGUUUUCUAAUAGAAUUUGUUAUUGUAGGUCAAUACAAAUAUUUAACAAAUUCUGUAUUUAAAAAAAAAAAAAUAUAU